UAUAUAGAUACAACAGGUAUCCAAGUACCAAACAGUUAGACAAGGCUGCAGAUGCCCUUGUGAAUAAACACCCCUGCCUAAAAGAGAGAGGUUCCCAAACGGGACGGGAAGGAUGGAAGAAUAGCCUGCGCUUCAAGAUGGGCAACUACAGGACGAAGCUGAGCAGAGCUGGCAUAAAAGAUGUGGCUGUGAACGCAGGGAAGCGCAGCCGUAGCAACCCAGAGGGUGCGUCACAGCGGGCCAACAUUAAACGACCCAGAAGAGGGGAAAUCCAGUUCCUUCCUAACUAUCCCCGUGGCGAGAACAAGGACACCCUUGAGACCCAAAGGAUGGAGAUGGUGGAAGAAUUCAAGAAGACACCAGCUGACAGAGACAUGAUUCUCAUCUAUACGUACAUGCAACACACCUUUGCACUCCGACGUGAAGAGAUUGUGACUUUAGCUCCUCCCAUCACAGAAUUCAAAGCCAGAUGGCCUGGUCUCUUCUCUGAAGCCCACGUCUAUGGCGAAUUCCAUAGGGUUGCCAGUCAAAACCUGCAAUAUUCCUUCUUCGCUGCUCUUGAUAGACACACGCCACAGCUGCUCAAACUCUACAAACAGAGGAGGACUGGAGCUUUUGGUGAGAAGAUGAAAGAUCUGCUGAUAGCGUACGAGGAGCAGGACAAGAAUGACAUCACAGCAGCUAGAACAGCAGCCCUGGCUGGCCUGCCACUCUACCUAAAAGAAGACUCAUCAGAGAUCUUUAAGAGUUGCAAGGAGGAGGAGUCUGAAGCAUUCCAGGAGGGUGCAGUGGCGCUGGUGGCUAUGGUGGAUGAAGAGGACACUGUUUCAGGGAUUCCUUUUCAACCUCGCCAUGUGUCUGUUAUCCUGGAGGAUCAGGUUGUAAUGUCUCUCAAAUCUUGGACUGAUGCGGUGGUGGUGUUGUUUGGCUUGAUCUAUGCUCUCAAUUUGAGUUAUCCGGCAAAGUUGAGCGGCUUCUUUGAGUUUAUCCAGGUCAUCCUCCUAAAUCUUGAUGAUGAAAGAAAGCAGCUCAAAGCAAAGUUGCAGGCCUUGAAAAAUGAGCUAGGGUAAAGUCAGAGUGGGUGUGGUCGGAAACUUAUUGAGUAGCUGUGGUUUAAAACUGGCACUUAUUGAUUUUAAUUUCAAUUACAGUUUUAAUUUCAAUUACAAUUUUAAUUUGCAACGUUGAUGACAGCAGAGCUCCAAAAGCUUAAGUGUUGGCACGGAUGUCUUUUGAUUAUUGAUAGUCUAUUGGCAAUAGACAGACUCCGGAUUCCUAGAUUGAAUGUUUGGUGCUUUCACUGUCAAUUUCAAACCCAACUAGCCAGUUGUUAAGCAAACUCAACAUUUUGUUCAGAGAAAAUGUGAACCUUUGAUGACUCCUUUCAUAAAAAAUGUUUGCAAAUGUUUGUAAGCACUGAGAUUUUUAUCAGUAAUGUAGUUGGCAGCUGUGGAAUUUGCCAUGUUGUGCUAAAAACAGUUUGGUUUAAUAAAUUCAUUGCAUCUAACUACUUGAGUAUUUGUCUUGAGUUAAUGCAACU